GCUUCUUGCUUCCACUCACAGAAAUGCCAACCGCCUUUUCAGACAAUAACAGUAACGCCGAAAGACUCUAAAGUGACUUCCAACUGCUCGAUAGUGACCGGUGGAAAAGUACAAGACACGACUUGGCAGGAUCUUAAAAAAAUCCUCAAUGCCAGUAAAGGCCUAUUCUUACAACAAAUCGAUUCAAAAGAUGGAAAUGAGUCAUGUAGAUGUUUUUCUAUACAAUACGCAAGUAAGUAUUUUCUCUCUUUGCCCCUUUUUGAAUUCACGAUGAAGCAAAAAACAUGUGGCAUUUUUUCUGUCUCAUGUUACAUGUAUUAUUGAUGCAGAAUCCAAUGAAGGCCUCUUAACAUUUCAAAGGAGAUUUCAAUUCAGCUAAAGCAGUCUUUACGGUAAAAGAAAUCGUUAAACUAGAAACGAUACAUUCGUUUUGUCCGGCUGAAUCACGGUGCCUUAACUGAAUAGGUUAGCAUCGGAACAGAUUUGCUAAUUAAAAAUCAACAUCAAGGGCUAGGUUGGUCCGUAUUAGGGAGGGGAGAGUGAAGGAUAGCUUGAAUACAGCUAAUUCAAAAUGUUUACCUCCAGUAAAGCGUAGCCUGCGUGCAGACGAUAACUAAACUCUGAUUAACCAGAGUUUAAUUUCGUCUGCGCGCAGGCUAGUAAAGCGUAACUAGGCAAAACUGUGACCCAAUAGAACUAUGGGAAUUUUUGAAGAACCUAAUAUUUGCAUUUCCCUUUGGCUGCAGAAAACAAAAGCACGAGAACUGGUCUUGAUACCAAUACCUUACAGUAAUAAUCUUCGCUGGCGUGCGAUUUGUCCAGGAGUUGCUGUUUGAAACCUUUUACGCGGGCGAAAUGCGGAGCAUCUCGCAGCUUAUACGUGUCAUGCUCCCUCUUUUUAACUUUCAUCAGCUCCCCACUUUGCUCAAUAUUAUAGUUACAGCCGUGAAGCGCGUUCUUCUUUUAAAAAGUCAGGAUCAUUGUACCCAAAGUUUCUUUCGGUCCCCGUAUUACCUAUUGCGUGUUCCAGCUGUAAACUGUACAUUGUAACUGAUUGAAUGACUUAUGAGCCUAGGAAGUACAAGACUAAAAAUUUGUUGUCAGUUCCAGUUCAGAAAGUAUUUAAGACAAGGUCUCCCUUUGAGUACUCUUCUAACAAGACAACAAUGGAACUGAUUUGUACCUUCAAGGGAUUGCCUCGUCCUCGUGUAGUUUGGUACAAUCCAGAUUAAAAACAAAUCAUCAACGGAUCUGAAGGUUUUUACAUCUCAGAGCAGCUGGAUGGAGAGGAUACCUUAACUUCCCUUCUUCGUAAUGCUAAUAUCCAAGAAAAACACGAAAGGGAUUAUAAUUGCACUGCAACGAACAACAUUACCGGCUGGUCGAGUAAAAAAUCGAAGAUAAUUGAGCUGGAUUAUAGGUGUAAGUGGUCUGAUUAGUUAGAGGUAUGUUUAGAAGUGAACCCGGAUUACUGUAUACCAAGAGUCUGGAAGUGGGGGGGUGGUCCUGAUCCCGUAUUUCCGCUCUCUUUCACCACAAUCCCGCACCCCGAACUUCUGUCAUCUCUAUCCCGAAUACCGUUUUCUUUCAGAUUUUGGCGAAUCCCGCUUCCCGAGUAGCGGUCAAUUCCCGUAUCGGGUAAAGAAAUUGGGCGUUUUCCCGAAUCCUGCAGUGUAUUUCGGGCGAGUCCUGGAUCCCGAGAGUACCCUUCCAGAUCCUGUACAUACCCGUAUAUCGUUUUCUUUCUCAAUCUUGCAUCUGUGCUCAAAUUUUGGAGAGUCCCGCUUCCCCAGAAGCAGUAAAAUUCCGUAAAUUGUAAAUAUAUUAUUAUCCACUCCCAUCAGGGCUUUUUAGGGAUAAUUUACAACACUGGUUGGGGGACUUUGCCAGACUGCUUAAGGUGCAGUUUACAAGUAAUGAAGGAAUGAGUAAUGACCCCCCCGUACAUGAGCGUAUGGGGGAAGACCGUAUCCUGUUUAACGUUGCCCGGAUCCCACACUGUAUUUCAGUCAAAUCCCGGAGCCUGGGAAUACCCUUGUAGAUCCUGUACAUGCCGUCAGACGAAAUUGUCACGGGUGAAGUUGACAUUCUUUCUCUCCGAUCAGGUCUUAACCUGAGCAGGAGAAAUACAGCUCUUCGGUUGCCCUGCAGUCAACAGACAUUCCAUUCAGAGAGAAUAAUAAAUCCUUAAUGACUGGUCCAGAGGGAAACAAACAAUUUUGUUUUCCUGGAAUCUCAAUGUUUUCCGAGGCGAAACCGAGGAAAACAUUGAGAUUCGUGUUUUUUUAUAUAGCUGCAAAUUCAUUAAACCUCGCUGUAACGGCGGUCGUUGGUCAACAUUCGAGGGUAACAGUGCACUCUUACCCUCUGACGUCAUAAAUUUUGCAAUGUUGCCCGCUCAGAGAUUUUAGCGGUAAACAGUUUCAUUGUUAGAUCUCAUGUGACCUCGAAGUAACCAAUGAGAGCGCGCGCUGUUAAGAAGAUAUUUCCAGCCAUACAACAAUAGGCCACUUCCGGGCUCCAAAAACCCUCGCCUUCAAAAUGAGGCCAAGUGCACAACCUUUCUCGUGAAAAUGAGCUUUAUUUACAUGAGAAUGAAAAAUCAUUUCCAUAUCAAAGGCUGAGCACUUAACCUCGUUUUGAUACAGAGGCCCGGGGAACUGGGAAAUGUCCUAUUACGGUAUGUAAGAUAUUAGCUGCUUUCAGAAGCUUUAUAUCUCGCUAAAUUUUAAGUUCACUGUGGAUUAUGAAUGUCUCAUCCCUCGAAACGGUGAGAAAAAAUACGUCGCGGCUUGUGUAUAGCCACGGCUGCCUCAGACAGUUAACUUAAAGGGAUAAACUAAACAUUUCUUGCCACUACCCUCUUCCUCUCAGAAUCUAGGGAUCCUUAGCUUAUUUAUUUAUUUAUUUUAGAAAAAUAAUAGAUAGUGUGAAUGUCUUCUUUUUGUGCGGUUACUGAUAAUUAUCACGCAUAAAAAGCCUAUCCUUUGGUUAUAAUAAAACAUAACUAAUAAAUAAAUGGUUGAUUAAUUAAACAAAGUGCUGGGCUGUUCAUCCGCCAUUCUGGAUCGAAUUGAAGUUUGGAAAUAUUGCUUCAAUUUUUUGGAGAGGGGAUAACCGGAGUACACGGAGAAACAUCUCUCGGAGCAAGGGAGAGAACCAAUGACAAAUCAAAAACCCACGUGUGGCUUCGCCUGAAGAGGCUACAUUCGUGAGAGUGUUCUCCCUAAAAAAAAAAUAGAAAAAAAUUCUCAAAAACAAAUAAUCAGGGGGAUGAUCAACUGGGGGACAAAAAAAAUCCCUAGGGCUUCUAAUAACCCCCCCCUCCCCGAAAAAAAAAUUCCUACAAAAAAGUAACCCCAAAAAAUCCCAUGCCGAAUUGCUGAGACUUAAAAAUAUCGCGAAUGUUUGUUUUUGUUUAUUCAUCAUACCAUCCACAUCUGGAUGCCCAAGAACAUUUUGAGUACCCCAAAAACAUCCCUACUUAAAUCAAGCCACCCAAAAAAUACUUGCCAAAUCUUCUUACCCAAAAAAAACCAGAAUCGAAAAUUUCGAACCUCAAAAAAAUCCUUCGCUCAUCCCUGUCACUUGAAAUCAAGAGUACCUUCCUGGGGCAUCGCGUUGCCUCAUUUAUUGUCACAAAAAGGGGGCACGGUAAGGUAAAGGCUGUAGUCCUUUAAAGUUGCACAAUCGCACGGCAAUGAUCUUUAAAUAGUAUGUGAUUUGUUCAUAAUAAUAUCUGCCAUGUAUCUUCCAAUUUAUGCAGGUACCGGUCCUAAACAUCCGCCUAUUUCUCCUCCCGAGGUUUCAGUGACA